CGCGGAAGUACGUGGAGGUGAAUCAUCUCGCUCCGCCUCGACACUCUUCGACGAUAAAGUGACUCGUCGGUGGACAUUUUCGGUCACAGCAUCAUCAGCGCUGACGUGAAACUACGUGAAACUACGUGAGCGAAGGCGCAGGCCGCCGUCCACCCAAUGCUGUCAUUAGUCACGAGUCAGACUACGUAAAGUUCGGUGACUGACUAUGGAGACCUCCGUCUCACCUCAGCUGGACAGCAGUUUAAACGACUCAAUGACAGAUGGAGAGGAGAACCACAGUGAAGACAGUCCUCUUGCAGCCUCUCCUCAGGUGUCGGGAGAGUCUCCCGGUGUGACUGUAGUCCAGCUGUGUGACGGUCAAACGGUGCAGGUCCAAGGGGUCAUCCAGGCCCCUCAGACCUCUGUCAUACAGUCACCACAUGUCCAGACUGGCCAGAUUGCCACCGUAGCAGAGCUGGAGGAUGACGAGUCAGACACCCAGAAGAGACGGGUGCUCCUCUCCAGGCGUCCGUCUUAUCGAAAAAUACUCAAUGAGCUUUCAUCGGAUUCGCCGGCAGUCCCUAAAAUUGAUGAAGAGAAGACGGAGGAGGGGGAGGAGGUGGCGGACUCCGGUGAUGCCUCAGCAUCAGUGCCAGCCUCCAUCUACCAGACCAGCUCAGGACAAUACAUUGCGAUCACUCAGGGGAGAGCCAUGCAGUUGAGCAGCCAUGGAGCUGAAGCCUUUCAGGGGGCCCAGACCCUGACGGUGGCCAGCUCUCCAACCCCACAGCCUGGAGCCACGAUCCUGCAGUGUGCAGCUCAACCCGGAGACUCCCCACAGCAAUUCUACAUCCAGGGAGGACAGGUGCUCGUCCAAGCUGCCACAGGAGACAUACCUGCCUACCAGCUGCGUUCGCCCAACUCGGGUCUGGCUCACAGCAUCGUGAUGGCUGCGUCCCCGGGCAGCAUGCAGAACCCCCAACCACAACGCACUGAAGACAUCACCCGCAAGAGGGAGGUCCGACUGAUGAAAAACAGGGAGGCAGCUCGCGAGUGCCGCAGGAAAAAGAAAGAGUACGUCAAAUGUCUGGAAAACCGCGUGGCUGUGUUGGAAAACCAAAACAAGACCCUGAUUGAAGAGCUGAAAGCACUGAAGGACAUUUACUGCCACAAAGCCGAGUAGCGGCGAACGUUUGUGGUUUUGGAGCAGUGCCCUUUUUACAAACAGCUACAGCAAAACGAAAAAAAAAAAAGAAAAGAAAAGACACUGGAACAAAAACGUUGUGUCUCUGCUCACUCAGGCCUGGUUUACGCUGCAUUCAGAAGUGUCCCUGAGAACUCAAACAGCUUGAGCUUGCCAGUUUCGCUCUUGUUCUUAUCUUGUGCUCUUUGCAUGUGAAGACUCAUGGUGAAGUGUCGUACACACACUAUGCUUGCUGACGCUUUUUGUGCACGCCAAUGAGAGCCAGCUAAAGAAGAGGAACAGGAAGAGGAAAUACAGGUGCUUCCUGAAAAUGUACCGCUCGAGUACAGAGAUUACGAAAAAAGCCCCGGGCGGGUCAGCCAGGUCUCGCUAACCGGCAAGUUUCUCCGAGGUCAGACGAGGGUGCACACACAAAACAGCUACGCAGAUCCACCAUCAGCUGCAACGAGGCAAACCGUGUUUACGUGAUAAUGUCAUCUUCGUCAUUUUACUGUUUUUGGCAUGUUUCAUGCAUUCCUUCAUGUGAAAACACAAGGAGAAAUAUCUUCAAGCUCUUGAGUAACUGAAGUGAUUUCCUGGAACUCAUCGACUCGUUUUCAGUUUGUGUAGAAGUUGAUUUGGUCAAAAAGGUUUUUUCAAGAAACACAAGAAUGUUUCAAGAUGAAAAUCCCUUUUUAUGUCGGGCAGUUUAUGCACAGAACUGCAAAAUAUAUAUUUUAAGCAGGCCGGGGCAUUGUCUGAACCAGAAGUUAUUUUCCAUCACUGAAGCGAGUUGAUUGUAGUAUUUGGAAUGACAGAGCACAACUGCUCGUCAGUCAAAGCACAGAAAGUAACCAAAGUGUCCGUGUGGAUAUUAUCAGAAUUUAUAUUCUAUUACAUUUAUUUGAAGAAUUUCACUCCACAAGUUUAUAUAUUCUACAAAGCAAAUAUAACGUAUUAACUAGUUAACAAUUGAAUUGUCUAUUCUAUACGGGAAAAAACACACAAACUUUUGUAAAGCGACAUCAUAAGAUGACUCAUAACUCACUGCUUUGCUGUCAUGCAGUCUUGUUUUUCAAAUGAUGGAUAUCCAUUGUGGUAUAAAACUGCAUUUGAUUAUGGCUCGAUAUUAAAAUGCUCUGUUUAAAGGGUGAUGCCAAUUUCUUUUCUCUUUUCUUUUUUUAAUGUAAAGACAUUUUAUUUGAAUGAUAAUAUAUCAUGUUGUGUUCAUGUUUCUGGUGAUUCUGAAAACAGCUUGCUUUUUUCUGUCUCUAGUCAUUGAGUUUGUUCCUCUGAAUAUAUUUUAUUGAAAGGAUAGAAAGAGCACCUCUUGAUGUAACAGACCAUCUCUUUCGGCUGCCAAAGCUCUUUAGGUUUUUAACUACUGUUUAGAUCAGUGACUACAGAAUGAUUCAUCCUGUGGUAGUCACUGUUUACCAACCAGAUGACCCGUUGUGGUUAGUGUUCAGAGGAAUGGUCCUUUUAUGAAAUUCUACGAAAAGGCAGGUGAUAAUAAAAUUCAGGUUUUCUUUGAUAUCAACUGAGUUGAACUUCUCUGCAUGUAGUUUUAUUUUUUUUGCGGUAUCAAAUUGCUCUUUUACCAGGUGUUCCCUUCUCAGUGUACUUCCUUGUUCGAAUUGUAAAACCAAAACUAUUUUUGUUUAUCUAAUAAAAUAUUAAAAUGUGA